AUGAUGGAGCCACAAAAGCUGCAGAAUACAAAGAAAGAUAAUUUAUUCGUUAAGCAGACUGAGCUUAUUAAACAUUUGAAAUCGUACGACUACGACAAGAACAUGGACAACACAGCCGGUAAACCGGCAAAAAACACAUAUUUUUUAGGAGAUGAAUUCGAUAUAGUAAACAGAAGGGGCCCUAUCAACCCGCUCAGAACAAUAAAAAAUUUACGCACUAAAACUAACGGGCAGAAGAGAGUUGAUAAAAUUAAAAAUGACCCGAGGCUGAAGAACAAUCCCCUCAGGGGGAGACUUGUGGUUUGUAUCUCAACCAGCAUAGCCAUCCUCUUUGUAUUUUUUGCAGAGAUGGUGUUCAACAAGACCACCUUCGGGGGAAGGUGUUUGUCAAAAGUGCUCUACACGAAGGAAUUGGGGGAGAAACCCGUUUUCAUUCCCAUUUCUCACGGCUCCUGUGAGUAUAAUUUGGAAACGAAUGCAGCUAGGCGAGUUUUUUUGGGGCCCUCAGAUGCUGACAAGGGGUGGCCCAUAACCACCAGGAUCGAAAACGAAACCGAAACCACCUGGGAAUUUCCACUUGAAACUUCUAGGUCAAACAUUCAAGCGAACACGCUGACUGCCUUCGGGGGACUCGACACCAACCUGAUAAGGAACUACGGAGAGAACUUCAGGUUAUUUUGGAGCGCCUUCAUGCAUAACGGCAUCGGACACAUUGCUUUCAACUUACUGUCACAAAUACAGCUCCUAUGGAUAAUAGAGCCGGACUGGGGAUUCGUUCGGACGUUCCUUCUCUUUUUCAUUAGUGCCGCUGGAAGUGGAUUGGCUUCCACAACUCUGGACCCGUGUCACACCACGGUCGGAUCAUCAGGAGCUCUGUAUGGUCUAUACGGUGCUAUGAUCCCCUAUAUUAUAGAAUACUGGAACACUUUGCCCUAUCCUAUAUUCUUGAUAAUCUUUCUUCUCGUUUCACUCUCGUAUUCGGGAGGUUGUGUUUUUGGGCUACUUUGGGGGCUGGCCAGCAUUAGAAGCGUUUCCAUUUUCGACCGGUGGACUGUAUAUGAAAUAAUCAUGCUGUCGCCUUUGUUUUCGUGGAUGAUCACUAAGAACUACAAAGAGGACCUCAAGCUUCGGCUAGACCUCAAGAGAAAUCCUACGCUGCAGCCUGCCAAAAAGUCAAUUAACUCCAAGUAUGACUUCGAAACGAACAAGAAGCACAUGCGAAUCAAUAAAAUUAUCACAAAGUUCUCAAAUCACGGCUCACCGCCCUUCAGGAACAGACUCAGGGAGUGGGUUGUGAGAAUUGUUUCUGCAGUUUUACUGGUAAGUCAUGCUCAAAACAAGGGCUGGGAUCAACCGUUUCGUAACAACGCCGACAUUAAUCCACAUUUAGACCGUGCUCACUACAAUGCUUGCACUACUGCUGUUUGA